AUGGAAACGAAAGACGAGGAGCAGCCGAAGCCAACGGAAGAAGCUCCAGCUGCUGCCGAGGAGAAGAAAGACGAGGAGCAAACGAAGUCGAAGGAGGGUGGAUACCCAUCUGCCUCCUCGUCGGAGGCCCCUAAGGGUUUGCUCUGGAGCUUCAAGGCUCAUGACCUCUACUCUCCGAUGGAGACGGCAGAAGACGUGCUCUAUUGCGCCGUCUGUGGCCUUCCACCAGACUUUUGCCAGUUUCAUCCCAAUUGGGACAAGUGCAAGCCCUGGUGUCUCGAGAACGCCCCGCAGUACUAUCCAGAGCUUUCCGGCAUCUCCUUGGAAGAUGCCAAGAAGAAAGCAGAGGAGCUUACAGAAAAGUCGAAAGAGAAGCUCCUACCUGGUGGGAAGGUCAAGAGAGCGAAGUCCCCCUCAGUCAGCAUCAAGAAGCUGAACCGAGGCGGACGAAAGUGUGUCACUAGCGUAGCGGGACUCGACAUGUUCGGGAUCAAGCUGGACGACGUGGCGAAGCUGUUCAAGAAGAAGUUCGCUUGCGGCUGUGCAGUAGUCAAGGGCGAGAAUACUCUGCCGGACACUGUCGACAUACAAGGCGACUUCGAGGAUGAGGUCAUCGACAUCAUCGUUGCGGAGUGGAAGCAAGUCCCUCAGGAAAAGAUUAGCGUUCUCGAUGCCGGCAACAAGAAGAAAGGGAAAGGUAAAUGA